AUCACACCGCUGAAGGCGCCCUCUCUCUGAGUGAAGGCCGGAGCUGCGCAGUGUGCAGCGCAGUGCUGACCCUAAAGAGUGCGUUUAGGUCGGACGCGGUCUCGUCUCAUAGCAGCGCUGCUAAUCCUCGCUGAACUGAACAGCCUGGGAAAGUGGCAGCUACAGCGAAAAGACGGGCUUUUAGUCCGACUACAGGUCAUGUUUUGUUCGAUGCCGCCGUGGUUUACGUGUCCAGUCCUCGCUGAGGAAGAGGAGGAGGAGGAGGAGCUCCGAGCGCCGUGAGUCCUGAGCGCUGCUAGCCGAAGCUAACUGGCUGGUUUUUAGCCCUGCGCCGCCUCUAGCAUGGCGAGAGUGUGAGGUGACUGCGGCGCUCCGGAGGAAAUAAACCAGCCGACGGCAGCGGGGCUGCAGCUGCGGACUCCCAGGCUGUGUCUGACAGAAAGAGUAAAUCAUGACUCAGAGGGGCGGCCUGUGCUCGGUGGUCCUGCCGGUGGAGGGGAUGACAUGCGGCUCCUGCGUCCAGACCAUAGAGCAGCGGGUUGGGGGGCUGCCGGGUGUUCUCCAUAUAGAGGUUUCUUUGGAAAAGAAGAGUGCGACAGUGAUAUUUGACCAAGCCCAUCAGAACCCAGAAUCUUUAGCAGAUGCCAUUGAAGACAUGGGCUUUGAGUCAAUCGCAGCAAAUGCUUCUCCAGCCACGCCAGUUCCAACAGAAACCCGGGUGUAUCCCACAGCUGGCUGUAGCCCAGACACCCAGCAGAAGGCUGUCGCUCAGCUGGCCAAGCUCAAGGGUGUGCUGGAGACCCAGGACAGUGUCGAGGGCAACGGCCUGGCUGUGAAGUUUGUUCCAGCGCUGGUGAGUCCGGAGCAGGUCCGGGAGGCAUUGAGUCCCCUAAAGUCAGAGCCUGCGAGUACCGCAGAGCGGGCGGUGCGCCGUGGCUCCGGCAGUAUGGAGGUGGUGAAGAUGCGCAUUGAGGGAAUGGUCUGCCUCUCCUGCACCACAACCAUCGAGGGCAAGAUCGGGAAGUUAAAGGGAGUGAAGAAGAUUAAAGUUGGUCUUGAGUCUCAGGAAGCCACGGUGCUGUACCUGCCUUACCUCAUCUCAGUAGAGGAGGUUGUGAACCAGAUCGGCAUGGCAGGCUUCAAGGCCUUUGUGAAAUCCAAGCCACGUCAGCUGCAGCUCACUGCUGUGGAGCGCCUGCUAAACGCCUCUCAUCAGACUAGUCCCAGUUCACCUGAGGAGAGGGCCACUGAACAGCCCACAGACACCACCACUACCACCUUAAUGGACAUUAAAGGAAUGCACUGCAACUCAUGUGUGGUGAAUAUCCAGGACAACAUAGGAAAGGUGCCAGGGGUCAGCUCAGUGCAGGUCUCUUUGGAGAAAGGACAGGCUGUAAUCCGGCACAACCCAAAUUUGGUUAUGGUGACAGAGCUUCAGAAGGCCAUUGAGGCCUUGCCUCCAGGGAAAUUUAAAGCCCAGUUAACUUCCCAAGAUGCUGUUUUUUCCGCUUCUCCCUCAGAACUGUCUGUAGUCUCGUCUUCAGAGCCUAACUUCCUGCAGCCACUGUCAUCCGUAGUGCAGAUCCACAUAGAGGGCAUGACCUGUAAUUCCUGUGUUCAAGCCAUUGAAGGCACCAUGUCUCAGAAAAAAGGCGUGAGAUGUGUGCAGGUGUCCCUGGCUAACCACCAGGGUACGUUUGAGUAUGACCCGUUGGUGACCACACCUGAAGAACUGCGAGGAACCAUUGAGGAAAUGGGUUUUGAUGCUUUUCUGCCUGAGACAAAUUCGCUGCUUCCAGUAGCAGUGAAAAGUCCUCUGUCUGUUUGGAGCUCACCCUUGCCCCCUGUACUGUCUACCAUAAAGGAGAAGGAAGUGGAGAGUGACUCAGAGUCAGGAACAGGCUCGUGUGUUUUGUCCAAAUGCUUCAUCCAGAUCGGGGGCAUGACCUGCGCCUCUUGUGUGGCCAACAUCGAGAGGAACCUUAAAAAUGAACCUGGCAUCCACUCGGUGUUGGUGGCACUCAUGGCUGGUAAAGCAGAGGUGCGCUACAAUUCUUCUGUCAUUGACCCUCUGAGGAUUGCAGAGUGUGUCAAAGAGCUGGGCUUUACUUCCACUGUUAUGGAGGAUUACGAUGGCUCUGAUGGCUCUCUGGAGCUUGUGGUCAGAGGGAUGACCUGUGCCUCCUGCGUCCACAAAAUAGAGUCUAACCUGGUGAAGCAGAAGGGCAUUGUCUAUGUCUCUGUGGCCCUGGCAACUAAUAAAGCCCAUGUUAAAUAUGACCCAGAGGUGACGGGCCCUCGGGUCAUAAUCGGAUUAAUAGAGAAUUUGGGUUUUGAAGCUUCCUUGGUGAAGAAAGAUCGCUCAGGAAGUCAUUUGGAUCACAGUAGAGAAAUAGAGCAAUGGAAGAAGUCCUUCUUGAUUAGCCUGGUGUUCUGUGUUCCUGUUAUGGGCAUGAUGGUCUACAUGAUGGUGGUGGACCACACAGUUCAAGUGUCACACCAUCACAACUUCACAUCAGAAGACCUACAGAGGUACCACUCCCACAUGUUCCUGGAGAGACAGCUUCUCCCUGGUCUGUCCAUCAUGAACCUGCUCUCCUUCCUCUUCUGUGUGCCUGUCCAGUUUAUUGGCGGCCGUUACUUCUACACCCAGGCAUACAAAGCUCUAAAGCACUGGACCGCCAACAUGGAUGUUUUAAUAGUCCUGGCCACUUCCAUAGCAUUCGCUUACUCUGUGGUCAUUCUGUUGGUUGCCAUGAUAGAGAAAGCAAAGCUUAACCCCAUCACCUUCUUUGAUACACCACCAAUGCUCUUUGUGUUCAUCUCACUAGGCAGGUGGCUGGAGCAAAUAGCCAAGAGUAAGACAUCAGAGGCUUUGUCCAAGCUGAUGUCCUUACAGGCGACUGAGGCUACUGUGGUCACGCUGGAUAAAGAUACAAUGAUGGUGUUGAGUGAGGAGCAGAUGGAUGUGGAGCUGGUGCAGAGGGGUGAUAUAGUGAAAGUGGUUCCUGGAGGGAAGUUCCCGGUAGAUGGCAGAGUGAUUGAAGGGCAUUCAAUGGCAGACGAAUCGCUCAUCACAGGUGAAGCCAUGCCUGUGACAAAGAAGCCUGGCAGUACAGUGAUUGCUGGGUCCAUCAAUCAGAAUGGCUCUCUCCUGAUCCAAGCCACACAUGUUGGCACAGACACCACCCUCUCACAGAUCGUCAAACUGGUGGAGGAGGCACAGACCUCCAAGGCUCCUAUACAGCAGUUUGCGGACAAGAUCAGCGGCUACUUUGUCCCCUUCAUCGUAGCGGUCUCUGUCCUCACCCUCUUCUCCUGGAUUGUGAUUGGCUUUGUUAACUUCUCUGUGGUGGAAACAUACUUCCCUGGUUAUGAUAAGAGUGUAUCUAAGGCAGAGGCAAUCAUUCGCUUAGCCUUCCAGGCCUCCAUUACUGUGCUAUGCAUCGCCUGCCCCUGCUCUUUGGGCCUGGCGACUCCCACAGCAGUGAUGGUGGGUACAGGAGUCGGGGCUCAGAACGGGAUCCUCAUCAAAGGGGGUGAGCCUCUAGAAAUGGCUCAUAAGAUUCAGUCUGUGGUUUUUGAUAAAACUGGCACCAUCACAUUUGGAGCCCCCGAGGUGGUACAGGUGAAGAUGGUGGUGGAGGGCAACCGAAUGCCUCGCUCCAAACUGCUGGCCGUUGUGGGCACGGCAGAGAACAACAGCGAGCAUCCUCUAGGGGCAGCAAUCACCCGCUUCUGUAAACAGGAGCUGGACACGGAGUCGCUGGGCACCUGCACUGAUUUCCAGGCAGUCCCUGGCUGUGGGAUCAGGUGUCAGGUGAGCAACACAGAAAACCUGUUGAAAAGAGAAGACAGUGAUGGUGAAGAGAACCAGCGCAAUAGCAUCUUGGUGCAGAUCAGUGAUACCGGAGCCAGCUCGAACACUCAUCCCCUCAUCAUGGAUCCGGAGCCACUUGCUCUGGUACAGGCGGCGUCGCACACAGUCCUGAUCGGUAACAGGGAGUGGAUGAGGCGCAAUGCUCUGCACAUUCAGCCUGAUGUGGAUGACUCUAUGACUGAACACGAGAAAAGGGGCUGCACAGCAGUACUAGUGGCUGUGGAUGGUGUGCUGUGUGCCAUGGUCGCCAUAGCAGAUAAGGUGAAGCCAGAGGCUGAGCUGGCUGUCCACACUCUUACUUCUAUGGGUCUGGAGGUGGUGCUGAUGACUGGUGACAACAGCAAGACGGCACGAGCCAUCGCUGCUCAGGUUGGAAUCAGGAAGGUGUUUGCAGAGGUUCUGCCCUCUCAUAAGGUGGCGAAGGUAGAGCAGCUGCAGCUGGAAGGGAAGCACGUGGCCAUGGUGGGAGAUGGAGUGAAUGACUCUCCUGCACUGGCCAUGGCUGAUGUGGGCAUUGCUAUCGGCACAGGCACCGAUGUGGCCAUUGAAGCAGCAGAUGUGGUGCUUAUCAAGAAUGAUCUCCUUGACGUCGUUGCAAGCAUUGACCUGUCAAAGAAGACAGUGAAAAGGAUCCGUAUUAAUUUUGUAUUUGCCCUAAUCUACAAUCUUGUGGGAAUACCUAUCGCAGCCGGUCUUUUUAUGCCUAUAGGCCUGGUGUUGCAGCCCUGGAUGGGCUCUGCUGCUAUGGCAGCCUCUUCGGUCUCUGUGGUCCUCUCCUCCCUUCUGCUCAAGUGUUACAAUAAACCCAGUGCAGAGAAGCUGGAGAAACAGCUGUCCAAGCAGUGCAGGCAGGGCAGUCUGUCAGACAUCAGCGUUCACAUAGGCAUUGGAGAACUGCGGCGCCCAUCGCCCAAACUGAGCCUUCUGGACCGGUUGGUCAACUACAGCCGAGCCUCUAUUAACUCCUUGCGAUCAGACAAGCACUCCCUCAAUAGCAUGGCACUGAGCGAGCCCGAUAAACAUUCGUUGCUCAUAGCUGGAGCCCACUGUGAGGAGGAGAUGGUUUGAGGGGGCAGGGCUUUUAGCAGCAAUGCUCCAAUGACGCAUCUCCAGGAGCUAUGUGGCUUCUUUCCACACCUCAGUGCCUGUGAAGGAGGGACUAAAGCUCAGUCCCCAGAGUGAUCUCAUCCACCAUCAACACCACCAGUGCAUUAGUGCUGUGUGGUUGGGUUUGAGCACCUGCGAGUGUUUUCUCAGUGCAAGUUUUAUUCCUUUGCAUUGCUCAAGCAUUAGUUUCUGUGUCUCUAUGGCAUCCUGCCUGUAUUUGGGGUGAGCUUGGAGCCAAAAAGCACUGGUGGGGAAAAAGUGUGAACACAUGCACAUAUGUAAUGUGGCUGGUUUAUACUGACAAUCUGUACAACGACCAAAAGAAUUCUGGACAUGCCACUUGCUAACAUGGAAAUAUUUUGAAGUCUUUUAUUUCUGUGGCAAAGUAGUUUGGUGCAUUAUUCUGCUUUAGGAUUGUCAUUGAAAUAAUAUUUAUAAUAUCCUUUAUUUAUACAUUAUCUUGUAAGUAAUCAAACAAAAGAAGUUAGAGAUAUAAAGAGAGAGAAUUUUGUUAUUUAUCCAAAUAUUUUCCACUGUCACCACUUUUGUCCCCGUACUUGAAUGGGAGUGAUGUGCAGCAGAGAAUGGCUUAGAGCCCCCAAUCAAGAAUUAUUAUAGCUGAUACAUUCAAGAAAUCACAGUGUUUGGGUUUGCCAUUUUCAGUGUUCAUAAAUGCAGUAGUAAUUCUUUCAUUGGCCUAGUGCUGUCUUCUGCCCAUUCAUGACUGGGGUGUAUAUCUAUCUAGACAAAAAAAACAUUCCAAAGAAACGUUUUAGAAGCAAAGGGUGUUGAGAACAUGGCCAGAGUUAUUUGUUAACAUGCUAGAUAGUUAACCUGGAAAGAAUAUCCUGAAUACUGCAAUCUUUCUCAGUUGUUUCUCAGAUUCAUUGAGCAUUCGUGCAUGUGGGCUUCACUAAUGAGCCGACCGGUACAUUAAGUCCUUGCCGAAGCCAGUCAGGAGACUUGAAAAGCAGAUAUAUAACACUUCUUUUAUUCAGCUAUGACUUGCAGUCCAGCCAUAAUUGAUAAAACUUGUAGCAUGAAUGCCAAUCUCAGGUGCUCCAGCCACUGUUUUGAUUUCUUUCAAAUUGACUCAAGUCUAUAGCGCUGUAGAACACACUAAACAGUGAGUGCCUUUACAUGCACUUGAGUAAUCAGAUAGUGUGAAAACUCUGCGUCUACACGAGUCAGACAGUAAUCGGAUUUCUGCUUUACAACCAGCCAAUAAACUCGCAGAAGAAGCCGUGACGUAAACAUGAUAUAAAAGUUCAUGCUGCUGCUUUUUUUAUUUUAGUUUUUUAAACAUUGUGAAAAUAUGAACAAAACUGAAAAUAUGAACAUGUCAUCUAUAAGAUGAAGAAUAUUUAAAUCCUUUGUUUUGUGUUUGGUUUCAGCGUCACUCCAGAAGUGUUUUGCUGCAUCUGGCGGUGGCACUGCCUACUUAUUUCCUGUACCACAGUCUGGUUUUGCACAUGCGUAGACUGACAAAUCCAAAAGAAAUCAGAGUAGGAGUCUAGAUUCACUGAGAAAUCUGAUUACUGAGCUAAAAUCCAGCUCUCUUGAUCAGAUUUCUUGAUCAGAUUUCUAGACCGGAGUAUGGUGUUUACAUGACCAUCUGAAUAAUCUGAUAACUGCAGAAAUCUGAUUAUGAUCAGAUUAUUGAGUGCAUGUAGACACACUCAAUGGCCAAAAAACACUACCUGGUCCUUUUGAGGGCAGUGCGAGCUCAAAUACAUGAAGCAAGAUUAAGUGAAACUUUUUCAAGGCUUGUAUUUAAUCACUCAGUAAUGUCACACUAAAGUGGCUGAUGGGGCGCCAUGUGAAAGACGGCUGCUAAGGAAGUCAAACUUUGUUUUUAGGGCCAACUGCGAUAUGUUUCUGUUGUCUUUAGUUUUUAGCUUUAAACUUGAUGUGAAAUGCGAACAAGGCCGUUAAACUGAGCUGUAAGUGCUUUUAAAGGAACAGCUUGACUAAAAUGAUAGCAUAACUAGAAAUAAGUGAAAGUCAGUGGCUAACAUUUGGCAUGGUUUAUCAUUGUUUACAACAUAUACAUAAAUUAUACUACAUUUUAACCAUUUUUUCUGCAAGUAUGGGAAUUAAGUACGCUUGGAUGAACUGAUACACUCUGUCUGUGUGACCAUAGACCAAAAAUACACUGACCAAAUGGAGAGACAGCAGCCUGAAGGCCUGUUAACAUAGUUAUCAUAUUACAACAAGCUGAGAAAUUAUUUUGUGGAUGGCCAGUUAUGAUCUGGACGUGGAUGGCUGCCGUAAAUGUGGGAAUCAAACUUUUCUGCUUUCAAACUGUCACUAUCUAUAUAACAACCUUCUCAGCAAGUUGUGCUGCUCAGUAUUGUGGAUUUUUCUUUUUACUUUUAGCUACUUCGCUUCUUGGCUCAAGCUGUUCCUUUACUCCCACCAAGUGAUGAAUGCAUCUGCUGUUAAGGUCACAUAUAUCAAAAGAUCCAGUGAGAAAUUAAACACCUGAUCUAAAAACUGUGUGAUUUAAGAGGCCCUAAUGACCGUGGCUGAAAACUCACCCUGUUGAAUGCUCAGAUAACUGCAAGGGUUACUGCUUUAACUCAUAGUUAUCUUGGGGUAGCUACAGUGCAUGGAGAUGGUUUGUUUUUGGUAGAACAGUUUAACGAAAAGAAGUUACCAUGUGGGCAUUUGACAGAUUCUAAUGUUUAGAUAUAACUUUGUGUACAAGCUUACACUCGUACUCUGUUGUCUGCCGCCAUAGAUUUUCCUUUUAUUGAAGAUCUCAUCUAGAAAGACAGUUCUUCCAAGGGUUCUUUAGUAGAGACAUUGGUUUUUAGUGUCAUUUCAUGCUUCUUUUCUUUCUUUGCAUGGUGAAUCGGUUCUUCAGAUUGAUGGAGAACAUGUAUUUGGUUCGAUGUAGAAUAUUUUGAAAAAUGCAUCAUUCUGUUUGUACUAUGUGAAGCGUAUAACCAUAGAAUAAUGCUUUUUGAUGUUAAAGAGAACCAUUUUUGAAAAGGUUCAUUAUAGAACUAUAUACAACACGUUCUCCGUCAAACUGAAGAACCGUUUCACCAUGCAAAAAAUGGAUCUUUAUAGAACAUUUAUGGCAUUUGGCAGAUGC